AUGCCUUUUGUUGAGCUACAUGGUCCUGAAAAAGGAUGUAUUGUGAAGGGUGUUUAUAUUGUUGGUGCUGAGAUUUUUGUUAGUAAGUCAACAAAUGAGAAUCAAGUGAAUCAAGUUGCUAAGGUAACUGUUUCCAUAACCUCAAAUAGUCAAACAAGCCAUGAAGAAGUUGGAGUCCCAAGGCAAAAUCCAGAUGUUCAAGACUCGAAUUUGGUAACUUGUUUACCAGUUUCUACCAUAGCUUGCAUUGAACCUAAAAAACACACUGAUGCAGAGUUGUUCUCACCCUCAAGAGGAGAACUUAUGGAUUUCAGUAGCGUAGGACACCAACAAGAAAUGUGUUCUUCUUCAAUCAAUGAGCCCCCGCCAAAUAGAAAGCACAAGUUCGCUGAUUUGGAAUUUUCUGCAUUGGGGAGAGUUCUUUGUUUCCUUAAGACUAGAAAAUUAGAGCCUCAUGUUGGAUCUGCUUUAGGAUCUAAAAGUUAUAGGGAGAAAGCAGUGGAAGUAGAAAAGCUAAAGGAGAAUGUGGUAGCUCUAGAGCUUGAAACAGAAAGGCUAAAGGCAAAGUUGGUUGCAGCUAAAGUAAACUUUGACAUAGAAAGAGACUUGUUGAAUGCAAAAGGAUUUGAAGAGAGAGAUUUGGAUUCUGAAUUGUUGGGAUGUGAGAGUUGGAGACCAUAG